AAAACGUAUUGUUUGUAAUCAAACCAGUUUGCGUCCAGCCAUAACAAACGAAUGCGCGUUCUUCCUGAACCAGCAUGGAUUUGUCCGAAAUUUGUCGCGUUUGUGUAGAGGAAGUGAACAGUUUUUGGUGUUUGUUUGAAACGAACGUCACAUUACCACCGGACUUAACUCCAGCAUUGAUCAUUUCCGCCUGCGCUGGUACAGAGAUCGAUCGGAAGGAUGGAUUACCAGAAUCGGUGUGCUAUAGCUGCCUUCAGGCGAUGGUGGCGGCCUACCGCAUACGGGAGAAAUGUAUUUCCUCCGAUAGAAAACUGCGGAAAAUAUUGCUUCACAAUAAACCUUCGAUUGUGGAGCGAACAGCGAGCGAGGAAAUCAAAACCGAGCCUAAUUUGUGUGAAAUAGAGAUAAUACAGCAAACUGAAGCGAUACAUGAAACGGAGGCUGCCUACGGCUCGGAUAAUGAGGAGGAUGAUUACAGCGAUAAUACUGGCACCGAGUCGGAUUAUGUUGAUGGAUCAGUGGCUCUGCAGCAAGAAUUAUUACAACCAGAGUACUGCGAAGAGGAAUAUUUGAUGAACGACAGCCUAGAGCAGCCCGAUGGUUAUGCUGAAGAUGGUCAACAGAGCUUAGUCGCGUAUAAUACGACCGAUGCGGAAGUACCCCUGGAAGGCGAUGUUUCCGAAGAAAUCUCUACCGUGGUAUCUACGCAAAAUUUCCAAAGCACGAACCGACCCAAAGCCGACGACAGUAGCAAAAGGUUCACCUGUGAUAUCUGCGAAAAGCGCUUCACGACCAAGGGAAACCUGAAAGCUCACGUGCACCUGCACAACAACUACAAACCGUACCGGUGUGAGGUCUGUGGAGAUGAGUUUUCCCGAAAGCAUAACUACAACGUUCACAAGAUGCGCCACUCGGGCAAACGCACCCACCAGUGUUCGGUGUGUGAGAAGUCGUUCGUUUGCGCCGUUAAUCUGAAAAAUCACAUGGUUACGCAUUCGAAUGUAAAGCCCUUCAAGUGUGGCCAGUGCGGGAAGGAAUUUGGUUACCGCACGGAUCUAGUGCGGCACGAAAUAAGACAUACUGGCGUGUAUCCGUUUGCUUGCGGCAAUUGUCAACACAAAUUUAGCAGGAAGACAAGUCUCAAUCGGCAUCUGUUACGAUGCACGGGGCCGAAAAAGGAGCGAAAGAAGAAACGGCCAUUGAGCUGAGCAGAAAAUAAAUGUUUUGCUUUAAGGUUUGCACG